GCCAAAAUAUCUAAAAAGAAUUUAACCUAAUCAAAAUAUUAGUGUUUCUUGUAAAUGUAAAUUGUUUUAAACUUAUAUAUGUGUACAAAAGAAAAGCUAUUAAAAGAGAAUGGCCGAUUCAAUAGCUGCUCAGCGUGCGAAGCGACAAAAAACAGACCGACACGGUAGAUUCUCGGCGUUUGAGAAGCUAAAACAAUUAAAAGGGAAAGGUGUAAAGCAUAAGUACGAUGUGGAUGUGCUUGAGAAUGUGUACGACACUGUUGACGAGAAAGAAUACACAGAAAGAGUUCUACAGCGACAAGAAGACGAUUGGAUAGAAGAUGAUGGUACUGGCUAUGUUGAAGAUGGAAGGGAGAUAUUUGAUGAUGAUGAUGAUGCUUAUGAAGCAAGAAAUAGUAAAGAUACAGGCAGAGGACAGAAAAGGAAGGCCAAAGUUGCAGCACAGACCUCGGGAAAAGGGAAUAUACGAAACUUAAUUGGUAACAUGCCUAGUAAGAAAAAAGAGGAUGUAAAGAUUUCAGAAGAUAAUAUUUUAUCUGAUAUUAUAUCUGAUUUAGAUGCUAAUACUCCAUCAAAUGUAGUUAAGUCUACACUGCCUAUAACUAAAACUAACAUCGUGGAAACAAGUAAGAGAGAUGCACAAAACUACUUCAAAAGUCUUUCUGCUAACGUCAAGAAACCUUCUGUACUGAAAACAUUCAAGGAAGAAAAGGAGACUGAAAGUAUUGAGCCAGACACAUCUGCAGUACAGUGUGAAAAAAAUAUGAUAAAUCAUGUGGUAAAUGAACCUGCAAAUAAGAAAAUCAAGAAACCAGAAUGGAACAUUGAAAAAGAAAUCAAGCAAGAACUUAAUGAAACGCUUACUCCUAAUAUAGAAGAAUUUGAAACACAAGAUAUUGACUUUGAUGAUGACUUCAGCAAUGAUGCAAAAACGCCCCAAGUGAAAAACGAACCUGUCAGCACCGGAACUAGCACCGAAAAUCCUACAACAGACAUCACUGAUGAAUUUUUCAAUGACGAAUUUGAAAUAUUCCCUUUACCAAAGAAAGAAACUACGAAAGAACUGAAACCAUUGACUAGUACAUGGCCAGAACAAGGAGGUGACAACCAAACUGUGUCUUCAGUUCAAAGUGAUGGUCAAUUACCACUGCAAACCAAUGAAACAGGGGAGAAAGUGCUUAGAUUUUACUGGCUUGAUGCAUGGGAAGAUCGGUUCGUAAAACCAGGCGUUAUAUACCUAUUUGGAAAAGUUUAUGUUGACCCAUCAAAUAAGAAGGCUGGAUGUGUAUCAUGCUGCCUUGUUGUGAAGAAUGUUAAUAGGCAGAUAUUCCUGUUGCCAAGAGAAUAUAAACUUGACCCAAUAACCCUUGAGCCAACAGAACAAGAGGUGACGAUGAUGGAUAUGUAUGAAGAGUUCAAUAGUUCUGUGGCAAGUGAACUCAGUCUCAAAGAAUUUAAAUCACGAAAGGUCACCAAGAACUACUGUUUCAAUUUGCCAGAUAUACCAGCUCAAUCUGAUUAUUUAGAAGUUAGAUACUCGGCAACUCUCCCUCCGCCUCCUACCAACAAAAAAUAUUUGACAUUCUCACAUAUAUUCGGAACGAACACAUCUUCACUAGAAAUAUUCCUACUAGAGAGGAAAAUCAAAGGGCCCUGUUGGCUUGAGAUCAAGAACCCGGAAAGCGUCCAAGCCAAAGUGUCUUGGUGUAAAUUGGAAGCCUCGUGUGAGAAGAUGGAACACGUUAAUGUUGUCCGGACGGAUGGUAACUUAGAACCACCACCAAUAGUCACAGCUGCUAUAAACAUGCGCACGACUAUGGAUCCGAAAACGCGAAAAACAAAGAUUGUGAUGUUGAGUUGCUUGACUCACAGCAGUUUCCCGAUACACAAGUCGCCUCCGAAUCCACCGUUUCAACAGCAUUUUAGCAUAAUAACAAAAUGUAACGAAAUAUGGCCAUUGGAUCUAAAACAGGCUCUACCGCAAUAUAAAGCGACGAAAUUAACCAAAUGCGAUACAGAGAGAGAACUCCUCAAUUAUUUCAUGGUGCAGUUUUGGAAACUUGACCCGGACUUGGUCGUCGGUCACGACCUGCAAGGUUUCCAACAGGACCUGCUCAUAGGGAACGUACUGGACCUCAACAUACCGAACUGGUCGCGGCUGGGCCGUCUGAAGAGAUCUGUCGCUCCGCAGAGGAAAUUCGCAGCGAAAGACGCGUUCUUGGGCCGUUUAGUUUGCGACGUAAAGAUAUCCGCAAUGGAACUUAUCAGGGCCCGGAGUUUCGAUCUCGAGACGCUUUGCACUAAUGUAUUGAAAAUGAAAGAGGGCGAGCGUAUCGAUGUGGCACUCGAGGAUUUACCGAAGUACUAUGAAAACAGUAGGGAUUUAUUCCAGCUCGUGUCGCUCAGUAUGCAGGACGCGUCGUACGUGCUGAGGAUAAUGUGCGAGCUCAACGCUAUACCUCUCGCUCUUCAGAUCACGCAGAUAGCGGGCAACGUCAUGUCUCGAACCCUACUCGGCGGCAGAUCUGAACGCAACGAGUUCUUAUUGCUCCACGCCUUCACUGAGAAAAAUUAUAUAGUACCUGAUAAGAUUUAUGGCAAGAAGACAACUGCUGAAGACGGAAUUCAAGAAGACCAAGAAGACGGUGCAAACGCUCCCAAGAAACAAGGAAAGAAAAAGGCGGCCUAUUCCGGAGGUCUGGUACUAGAUCCAAAAAAAGGCUUCUACGAUAAACUAAUCCUACUCAUGGACUUCAAUUCUUUAUAUCCUAGUAUCAUUCAAGAGUAUAACAUUUGCUUUACGACGAUUAAAAGAAAAAACGGGAUCAUGUCCGAUGAAGAUGUGUCUAACCUUAUAUUGCCAGCACCGAAAACCGACUUGGGUGUUUUGCCCACGCAAAUACGAAAAUUGGUUGAAAGCAGAAGGGAAGUCAAGAAGUUAAUGAAGUCACCGGAUUUGGCGAGCGAUCAAUACAUACAGUACAACAUCCGACAAACUGCCCUCAAGCUAACGGCCAACUCUAUGUACGGAUGUCUCGGGUUUUCGCACUCUAGGUUUUAUGCGAAGCCGCUGGCGGCGCUCGUCACAAUGAAAGGAAGAGAAAUUCUGAUGGACACGAAAGAAAUUGUCCAAAAAAUGAACUAUGACGUCGUCUACGGCGACACGGACAGUAUAAUGAUCAACACUAAUUGUCUAGAUUACGACGCGGUUUUCAAAAUAGGAGUGGAUCUAAAAAAAGAAAUAAACAAAAAAUACAGACAAAUUGAACUCGACAUAGACGGCGUGUUCAGAUACCUCCUUCUGUUAAAGAAAAAGAAAUAUGCGGCAGUUUUAAUCAGCAGGAAUAAAAAUGGCGAAUUCGUUUUCACUCAAGAACACAAAGGUUUAGACAUCGUCCGUCGAGACUGGUCACAACUGGCCGCCGAAGCCGGGAAAUUUAUUCUUAGUCAAAUCCUUUCCGAACAGACUCCCGAUGAUCGGUUGGAAAGCAUACAAAAUCAUCUAAAUAAAUUAAAAGACGAUCUGAUCGGUAACAAAAUGCCCCUCUCGGUUUUAACUAUAACAAAGCAACUCACUAAAAACCCCAAUGAAUACGCUGAUAAACAUACGCAACCACACGUCCAAGUCGCAUUGCGGCUUAACAGUAAAAACAGUAGGAGAUUCAAAAAAGGCGACAUUGUGCCUUACAUUAUAUGUGAAGAUGGAACCGCUAACUCAGCCACGCAAAGGGCUUACCACAUAGAAGAAUUAAAGAAUUCCGAACAUCUCAAAGUCGAUUUUAAGUAUUAUCUAGCACAUCAGCUACAUCCUGUAAUAUCAAGAAUAUGCGAACCAAUAGAAGGCAUGGAUCCAGCCCGCGUUGCAGACUGCCUCGGCCUAGAUCCCUCCGGAUACAAACAAGCUGUUAAAAGAGAAACUAACGACUCGGAAACGUAUGAGGUCGAGAACGAACAAGAAAAGUACCGACAAUGCAAAGAGUUUGUCUUCGAAUGCGUCGAUGAAAACUGUAAAACUUUGAACAGAGUACGAGAAUCGAUCUAUAAACUGGACAAAGAGAACAUUUCGUUUUUAGAUCGCUGUCAGAAUGAAAAGUGUAAUGUGAAGCCGUUAGAUUAUUUAUCUAGCGUGCAAAAUCAGUUGAGCCUGCAAAUUCGACAGUACCACGCACAGUACUAUGCGGGCUGGUUAUCGUGCGAAGACCCGGCGUGUGGACACCGUACCGCGAGAUUGCCUCAGACGUUCGCAGGAGGCUACCCCCUUUGUAGACAAUGUGAGAAAGGGGUCAUGUUUCGAGAAUAUACAGAAAAAGAUUUAUAUUUACAGAUAAACUUUUUCUUGUUUCUGUUCGAUCUCAGCAAAAGCAAUAAAUUAAAAGUACCAGUACCUCCAACGAUUGUCUCAGCAUUCGAAACGCUAAAGGAAAUGGUUGAAGAUUGUUUAGGGCAUUCCGCCUACUCAAUUAUAAAUUUAUCAAAACUAUUCAGAUUUUUUACUUUGGACACCAAAGCCAACAAGAUGAAGGCGGAACCGACUGAUUUAGAUAUUCUCCCAGAAACUGAACAAAUAGACGCUCUUCUGGAGAUGGGUGUUUUCUAAUGUUUUCAACUAUUCAGUGUAUCAUAUAUAUAUUUUCAAAUAUACGAUUAAUAAUAAGAACUGAUAUAAAAUA